UGCGUCUAAUAAUAGUUGUAUAUAGAUUUCAAGUGUAUCUCGCGAAGCUAAAAAUAUGUACGUGUUCCAAGCGUAGUUGCACAAUGCUUGGAUCGCAUCUGACGCCACCGUGAAACUUGAAGCUCGCGGGUCAUUUGCGGUGUGCGGAAACUUCUGCAAUUAACAUAAUUCGCACGCAAUAACGCGUAAACGAUAUCAUAUGCUCACCUUUCGGCCGCGAUGAUUGCGUGCUCAUGCCGUAUUUGACGUUUCUCCAUUUACCUCGUCCUCGUAGAACGAAAACUCGGCUCACCGAAACAUCACGCACUGCGGAAAGCGUACACAAUGAGGACAUGCAACAGCAGAUAAUAAAAGAGACAUUUCAGCUUGUUUCCAAGAGAGAUGAUAAUGUAUGUAAUUUCUUGGAAGGUGGUAGCCUGAUUGGUGGAUCCGACUAUAAGUUGAUCUAUCGACACUAUGCUACGCUUUAUUUCGUAUUCUGUGUUGAUAGUUCAGAAUCAGAGCUUGGAAUCUUAGACUUAAUACAAGUCUUUGUCGAAACCUUGGACAAAUGCUUUGAGAAUGUGUGUGAACUUGAUCUCAUUUUUCAUGUAGACAAAGUUCAUUAUAUACUCAAUGAAUUGGUGAUGGGUGGUAUGGUUCUUGAGACUAAUAUGACUGAAAUUCUCACAAGAAUCGAGGAUCAAAACAAGUUAGAAAAACAAGAGGGAACUUACAAAUCUGGACGGUCUAAUUCACCCCGUCCAUUUGUCCUUCUGGGGCCCCCUCCUUAAGUAAAAAUCAGCAAUAGCAAAUCAAACUACUUUGUACAAUCUCAUUCUUACAUAGUGUAUAUAUCUGAUUUAUUUCUUUUUCUUCUAUAAUUAAAACUGUUGAAAGUGUCAAGUUUUUUAUGGCUUUUGUGCGUGAGCGUUUACGUAAUACGCAUGGCGAUAUAAUUUAUUUCAUAAUUGUCCGCUUCGAGUGCCUUAAGAUAAUGUAUACGUCGUAAUGCUCAUAAGAAUAAUAAAUAUCGUCAGUGUCGUGUAGUCACCUACUGUCAUUUGCUUUCGCUCCCUGCUAAAAUUUCAGCCUAGUCAUUUACUGAAUCCUCCUAAAAUUGUCCGUUCUCCACACUUCUUCCAUCCUCUAUGGUGU